AUGGGCACCAAGGGCAAAGUUAUUAAAUGCAAAGCAGCUAUCGCCUGGAAAGCAAACAAGCCCCUCAGCGUUGAAGAGGUUGAGGGAGCUCCCCUCAAGGCUCAUGAAGUUCGAAUUCAGUUGUGUAUAAUCACCACCACCUUGUGCCAUACUGAUGCCCAUGUCAUCCAUCCUCAAUUUGAGGAGGCUUUUUUCCCAGUGAUCCUUGGCCAUGAGGCUGCAGGACUGGUGGAAAGUGUCGGGCCAGGAGUGACCAACUUCAAACCAGGUAACAAAGUAAUUCCACUCUACACAACUCAAUGUGGAAAAUGCAAGUUCUGUCUGAGUUCACGCACAAAUUUUUGUGGAAAAAUCAAGCAUUUCAAAAAUCCUAUGGGUGAUAAAAAAUUAAUGGAAGACAAAACUAGCAGGUUUACCUGCAGAGGAAAACCAAUUUACCAUUUCAUGGGAACAAGUACCUUCAGUCAGUACACUGUAGUGUCAGAUGUUAACCUUGCCAAAGUUGAUGAUGAUGCCAAUUUAGAGAGAGUUUGUCUGCUUGGAUGUGCAUUGUCAACUGGCUGUGGUGCUGUAGUCAACAUUGCCAAGAGAGCAGCCCUUGACAGCAUAACAGUAGGUUGGGGAGCGUACAUCAUUGGAGUAAACGUUGGUGACAACAGAUUGAAUGUUUCUGCAGUGGAGCUAAUAAUGGGCCAUACUCUAAAUGGAACAAGCUUUGGUGUCUGGAAAGGUAUCGAUUCUGUCCCAAAGCUGGCUGCUGACUACAAGAAUUAGAAAUUCGAUCUGGAUGCAUUGGUGUCCCAUACCCGUGCUUUUGACAAAGUUAAUGAGGCAUUUGACCUAAUGUACCAAGGAAAAAGCAUUAGGACAGUCCUGCUCUUUUGA